AUGCCGGCGGCGAGAGCAGUGGGACAGCGGGGUGAGGUAAACACGAGGGCGCAGGCGUGCCGCACGUGCUCCCGUUCCGCCCCCGCCCCCGCCCCCGGGCCCCCUCGCCCCUCGCUCCGGAGGCGCCGGGCGUCGAUACCGCGGCUGCCGCCCCCCCCCUGCCCCCCCUCCACACCCCCGCCAGGCUGCCCCACUCCACCGCGCCGUCCCCGCCUGGGCGCCCUGCCACCGGCGGCUGCCGCGUCCGCGCGCCAGUUCAGUUGUGUCUGCCCUCCCUCCAGUUUGUGUUCGCCCUGCCCCGUUGUUAACUGUAUAGCGAACCAGCCAGCCAGCCACCGCUACUAUCUCGCACACGCACGUUCCAGCCGGCCCGCCAGAAGCGCCGAAGCAGCACGCGGCCAGCUCCCGGAAGAGGCCUCCGGUACAUGGCAAGUGAGGCCGGCGCCAAGCGCGGCUGCUGCGUGGCUCUGUGUGUGGCUGUGUGAGUGA